GUUUUCUUCGCAAUUACUAAUAAUAUCAGUAAUAAUGUCUACAAGUCAUGAACGAGAUAAUAACGAAUCAGAAGUAAAUCCCCAAAUCUUCACAACUGACAGAAAUCUGUUCAUACGAACAAUUUACGAGGAAGGGUAUUCGAUCAAAAAAGCAUAUGUGAUGUUUGGGGAACAAUUUCAAUCAGACAAAAUGCCUUAUCAGGAGUUCUACAAGUUGUACUACAAGAUCGGCAAAAGCUUGGAAGCGGAAUUGCCAAUCUUCUCAAACAUUCCAGUUCUUGCUUUAACCAACAUUUUUCAAGAUGCGUGGUAUGUGUAGAAAUUUCAAGUUUGCUGUUGACCGAAUUGGAUUUAAAUUCGAUGGAGCUCAAUUCACAGUUACCGACAGUAGUGUAAAGCUGGACAUUGAACGUUUCCUGAUCAACUACGAAACCAGAGAAAACCAUUGUUAUGUACAGUGUCAGAGCACGGAUGGUGAAGAGAAAGAAAUCGUCGGAGGCGAUCACAUAGACAUUGCAAUAAACGAUUUCUGCAACAUGGUGAAAAGUUCGAAAAAUUGUCUUGGCAUCAUCGAUCUGGAUUUCCAAGGAGCGAACCCAGAUGUUCAUGACAAGUUUUACCGGAUUUUUGGAGAACAUGUGGAGAGCAUCAGGAACAUCACUCCAAGACAAGUAAAGUUGCGCUCCUGGAAUUGCAAUGCUGUGGCUUUGUUUCUAAAAUUUUGCAAUGCUGAUAGUAUUUGGCAACUUGAUAUAAGCCUGGAAGGAGAAGAAGUGGCGAAUUACGACCAUUUUGUUAAUAUGAACCAAUGGAAAAACGCGAGUAUUUUGAAUCUGGAUUGCAAGUAUUUACCUGCCGAUUUUCAUCAACAUCUUUCAAAGUUCAAACAUUUGGAGAUUAAACUAGAAUACAUAUCAAAUGAAGAUAUUGACAAAAUAAAAAAGAUGAUCUCCGAGCCAAACUCUAUUAUGAAUGGAAAAUUCAAAAGCUCUACAGCUCUCGAUACUUGUUAUAUUGCACGUAUUUUUGACCACAUUGGUGAAGUUCAAGAUCACAAUACUGGGGAAUAUUUGGGCUAUAAAUAUGGUUUUUCUGAGUUCAAAUUGUCUUUCAAGAAAUAUCCGGACGACUCGUGAUAAGUAGCAGCAUUCAUCACAAAAUUUGAAUUUUGUUUUCAUGCCUGAUUAUUUUUUUCCCCUUCUCUUGUUUCAUUCCUUCGUUUUUUAUUUGAAGUUUUUUUUUCAAAAAAAUAAAUUACUUUAAAACGU